CCCAUUCGACCACCGACAGUCGAAGCGAAGCGACAGGCGCGAGGGCGCAUUCCCCAAAAUCCGCAGGGCGGGGUCGGAUGGCCGCCUUCGCCGCCGGACCUCUGCGGCAAGGCGUCUCCUUGCGCGUCGAUGGCGGGGACCGCAAGGCGGCGCCGGCGCCGGACUGGGCGUCGCUGCACGUCGACCUGACGCAGCUCAUCGCGGCGCGGGUGCUCGCCACGGGGGGUUUCGUAGACUACGUCCGCUUCCGCGCGGUCUGCCCCCAAUGGCGCGCCGCCGCCGCCUCCCCACGCGGCCGCGCCCUGCUGGACCCGCGCUUCCACCCGCGCUGCUGGAUGCUCUUCCCGGAGGGCUUCGGCCGGUUCCCGGGCCACCGCGCGGACGGCGGCCACGCCCGCUUCUUCGACCUCUCCGCCGCCGGCGCCUUCAUCCGCGUCCCCCUCCCGGAGCUCAAGAACCACUGCGUCCUCGACUCCCCCGACGGCCUCCUCCUCCUGCAGCGCGAUGCGGACACCGCCGUCCGCCUGCUCCACCCCUUCACCCGCGACGUCGCCGAGUUCCCGGACAUGAGCCGCCUCGCCCAUCAGCUGCACCAUCUGGAGUACGAGCUCACCGUCGAUUCCCCGUAUAAUUUCAAUAACUGGUUGUACUCUGCCUCGCGAUACUUGCAUCAAGCCCGCAAGCUUUGUGCUGCCGUCAAUAUCACGGCCACGGGGGCCAUCACCGUGAUGCUAGCGCUCCAUAGCAUUGGGCGUGUGGCAUUUGCGUCGGCUGGUGAUGCUGAAUGGACUAUCAGCAGCUGGAAGAUGAACCAACUGGACAGGGUGCUGCCAUACCAGGGAAAGCUAUAUGUGGUGAAUUGGGAAGAUGGACUUACACAUGUCUUGCUGAUUGAUCCGCCGCCACCAGUACCAUGGUGUGAGGGAGAGGAAUCGCCAUCUGUGCCAGCACUUCCUCCUCCCAAGACAAUUGUGACAUGUUCAAGCGACGAAAUCCACCUACCUUGGUUGGUUGAAUUGGACUCAGAGAUCUUGCUUGUUGGCUACAAUGACAGCUCCUUUUCACGGAUAUUGGUUCUCAAGUUUGCUGAUCUUGUGUCGGGUAGGACUAUGCCUGUGACAAGCAUCGACAAUCACGUCCUCUUUGCUGGUGCACGGAGCCUGUGUGUCUCAUCCAGUUGGCUGCCUUCCAUUGGUGGAAACUCCGUUGUAUGCUUCCAUGCUGGAGAGAACUAUCUUGCACAAUAUGAUCUCAGUACUGGCACCUGGUCACCGGCCUGUGAUGCACAUGUCAUGCUUAACCCUCCACCACGUCCUUGUGGCCUCAUACAUCACAUUUAUACCUGUUGCGAUAGGCAAUUCUGAGUAUUAUAAAAUGCGGGAUCUACUUUGGAGUUGAGUUUUUUUUCCAAGUUCAAACUCAACAAUCGCGAGUUACUUCCUCCUCUACUAGAACAAAGGUUUGAUGUUUUGCUUCAAGGCAGAACCUGAAUGGUG